GCCAAAAGGUCAGAAAGUUGAAAAUAUGGCGGCUUUCUCAAAAUAUUUGUUGAUCUCUGUGCCCGUGGUGGCCCUGGCGGGUAUUGCAGCAUUGUGGUGGCAACUGGAAAAGAGAGAGAGGUCUUAUACAGAAGUAGGUCGUGUUUCUAGCCUGAUCAUUUAUCCCGUGAAAUCUUGCAAAGGAAUUCGCGUGGAUAAUGCAAAGUGCUUCAAAGAAGGAAUGGAACAUGAUAGGCGUUGGAUUCUUUUGGAUGAGAAUGAUAUUUUUAUUUCUCAACGGGUAGAUCCAAAGCUGGCUUUGGUUGUUCCUCAUUUUGAAGGUGGAAAAUAUCUUUGUCUUGAUGCCCCCGGAAUGAAAACCUUGAAGCUGAAUAUAGACUUACCAGAAAAUCAACAGGAGUCCAAGAGGAUACGGGUGUAUAGGGUUUAUGGAGGAGGUCAGUAUAUUGGAGAUGAAGCUGCUGAAUGGUUCUCAAGUUAUUUGAAAAGACCUGGAUGCAAGUUGUAUAAACUCUCUCAGCCUAAGUUAAUCUGUGAGGAUGAAAAGUGGGGUGAUGUUGCUUUGCCAGGAGACAAGGCAUCAUUUGGAAAUUUUUCUCCCUUCAUGAUUACAACUGAACAAUCGCUUGUAGCUUUGAAUGGAGUACUUCCAUCACCAGUUACUAUGGAAAGAUUCCGUCCAAAUGUUGUGGUUGACGGUUUGAAGGCAUACGAUGAGGAUAAGUGGACAAAAAAGAUAAUUAAGAUAGGGGAUGUAGAAUUCAGAUUUCUGAAGAACUGUGGAAGAUGUUCAUUGACAACUGUAAACCCUGCAACAGGAGAAAAAGAAGGAAAUGAACCCUUAGCUACUCUGCAAAGGAUAAGGCUCCCUGAGGACAGAGAUCCCAGGCAGGGAAAAGCUCCUCUUUUUGGAGUACAGUUUGCCCUUGAUGGAGAUAGGAUAGGGGUUGUAAGGAUAGGAGAUAUAGUGAUGGUCUCUGCAAGGGUUUGGAGGGUUUAUGGAGAAGGUCUCUAUUGUGGAGAUGAAGCAGCAGAGUGGGUAUCUACUUUUUUAAAUAAACCUGGAUAUAAGAUGUAUAAACUUUCCAAACCAAGAGUGAUAUGUGAAGAUGACAAGUGGGGUGAUGUUGCUCUUCCAGGUGACAAGGCAGCAUUUGGAGAUUUUGCUCCAUACUUGAUUGCAACUGAGGCCUCAUUAGAAGCUGUGAAUACUGAACUUUCAUCUCCUGUGACAAUGGAAAGAUUCCGUCCCAAUGUUGUGGUUGAGGGUAUGAAGGCAUUUGAUGAGGACAAGUGGGCAGCUAAGAUAAUAAAAGUUGGAGAUGUUGAAUUUAGAUUCCUAAAACGAUGUGGAAGGUGUCAGUUAACAACAGUGAAUCCUGACACAGGUGAAAAAGAAGGAGAUGAACCUUUGGCAACUUUAAGAAGAAUAAGGCUUCCAGAAGACAGAGACCCAAGACAAGGAAAUGCCCCUCUUUUUGGAGUUCUUGUUACCCCUCAUGGCAAUACAGUGGGAGUUAUAAAGAUUGGAGAUGCUGUCAUGGUUUCAGAAUAACUGCAAUUAUAAUAACAAUAAAUAUUUAAUUGUGUUGCUUAAUAUUUAAUUUUGCAAGUGUAGAUAAAGCGUUGCUUUGAGUAGAAGCAUUAUAGUGUGGAAGAUUUGGGGGAUUACAAUGUCCCUUUUU